GCCGCAGUGGGAGGAAGUUGGACCACAAAGCAAGCAGUGCCACUGUGCAGAAAAACACAGAAUAAUACACCGAAGAAGGGGGCACUUCAGCUGGAAACAUGUGCCAUAUUGGAGCUGGGACGAGAACAGCCUAACAGAAACAGAGAGGACACUAGAAUCGGCUGGCAGAAGCUCCAGUGGAGACACCGGGCGGACGCUCUCUACUUAGCCGGAGAUUGAGCUCUCUAACGCGGAUCGUCUCACAGGCAGGAGUCGGUGGGAACGUUCGGCUUCCUUGUGAUUUUGUGGGCGAUUUACGAGGAAAAACCCCACCAGCACUGUCUUGUUGGUUGGUGUUGCGGUUUCCCCAACAACACAUAGUGAUUAAAAGUGUUUGUUGUCUUGGCAUUUAACAGCAGUUUACACCGAAAAAGUUUACCACCCGCCGGAUCUCCAUCACCCGGCGCUCCCUCCCCCUCCUCCGCCAUCAGCGUCACCAGCAGCUCUGCUCUGGAUCUCCAGGAGAGGAGGGUCCCCCGCUUACAGUCGGGGUAGCUCAGCGGGCAAACUAUGGAUUAUAUUGUGCGAUUUUCUCUUUGUUUUUAAGCCAUUUUUGGGGACUAUUUGUGUCAUUUUUUUCAUCUGUUUGCUGCUAGACUUCCCCUUACAGGAUCUCAGCCGUUGGCUUAUUAGCUUGUUAGCAACUGAGGCUAACGUUUGGUAGCUCAAUACCACGAUAUCACUGCUGGCGGUUAGCAUUGUGCUAACUAGCACUAGCACCCAAAAUAUCGAUAUUAGCCCAGCAGGCUAAAACAAGUUAGCUUCGUGGAUUUGGCUUCUGAAUAGUGGAUUUCUUUUCCUUUUCUCGACAGCAAGAGUGUUUAUGUUUUCAGGAAGAAACAGGUCGGAAACCCAUGGAGACAACCCACUCGUUUUUGGACGUAUUGUACUGGGGUAUUUUUUAUGUAUAGAUAGCUAACGUUCGCUAGGUAAAAAACACACUAUCGCUCAGCCCACUGUUAGCAUUUUGCUAACUAGCACCUUGGCUAACUAAACUUAGCACCCGAAAUAUUGAUAUUAGCCCAGCAGGGUUAAACAAGUUAGCUUCGUGGAUUUGUGAUUAGUUGAUCACAUCCGUUUAGCUUGUGUUAAUCCCCCUUAAAGUGUUUAAUGACGUCUUUUCGUGCGACAUUGUUGUGUGUGUGGGAUUGAUUUAAAGGAAGACAGGAAGCCAGGCAGGCAGCAACAUAAACAACAUAUUUUUGUGCAAAUAUUAGCAUUUUUUUUUUUACCAGCUGAGAUAUUAAGGACGAAGUAACACCUCGACAUUUCAACCCUCCCUCUUUUAUUCCUUCCAUUGCUGAGAACUACACGUGUCGCUGUUUUAUUACUGCUUUUCUGGAGACACACACAGAAGGAGCCAGUCACAUUUCCACUCUGCAGCCAAAAUUAGACUUUUUUUUUUCUUUUCUCGACAGCAGAGUGUUUACGUUUUCAGGGAAAAAGAAGCCCUGAAACCCAUGCCUUACUGGAGACAAACCAGUCGUUUUUGGACUGAUUUCCAACAGGAAAGUCCCCAGAGACCUGUAGGAUUUGACAGCUGUCUCCACAUCCAGCAUCUGGUGCAUCUGACAUUACUAUAAAGCGAGGGAGGAUCUGUGCAUUAUUCUCCCGUGAGAAACCUGCAUUUUUCUGCUCUAAAUGGGAUUACAAAGACGCUGAUCUUGCGGCCCUGCUGACUGUAUAUAAUUCUCGAGGAGUCACCCAAUGUCUCCCCUCCUGAAUUUCCUUUUUUCUGCCACAAUGAUGGUAGUUUGAGGCGGACAGAAAACGACACCAUUGCAGCGGAUGGUCAGCCCUGGCCCUGUCACGCACCUUGGCGCUUGAUGUUGCUCAUAUCUGGAGGAGGACAUUGUUUUUUUAAUCCCCUAAUAUAAAAACAACAUCCCAGCCCGGUUAUUUUAUUGAUUUGGUCGUCCCAGGGUCGAAAGAUGGCGGACCUCGAAGCAGUUCUCGCCGAUGUCAGUUAUUUGAUGGCGAUGGAGAAGAGCAAAUCUACUCCUGCGGCCCGGGCGAGCAAGAAAAUCAUCCUGCCUGAGCCCAGUAUCCGCAGUGUGAUGCAGAAGUACCUGGAGGAGAGAGACGAACUGACGUUCGACAAGAUCUUCAACCAGAAAAUUGGCUUCCUCCUCUUCAAGGACUUCUGUUUGAACGAGAUCGAGGAGGGCGUCCCGCAGCUCAAGUUCUACGAAGAAAUUAAGGACUACGAGAAGCUGGACUCAGAGGAGGAGAGGCUGAGCCGCAGCCGGCAGAUCUACGACGGAUACAUCAUGAAGGAGCUGCUGUCCUGCUCACAUCCGUUUUCUAAGAAAGCCGUGGACCACGUGCAGAGCCACUUAGCAAAGAAACAGGUUCCCCCGACACUCUUCCAGCCUUACAUAGUGGAGAUCUGCGACAGCUUGAGAGGAAUCAUCUUCCAGAAGUUCAUCGAGAGUGACAAAUUUACUCGUUUCUGCCAAUGGAAGAACGUGGAGCUCAACAUCCAUCUGACCAUGAACGACUUCAGCGUCCAUCGGAUCAUCGGCAGGGGCGGCUUCGGGGAGGUGUACGGCUGCAGGAAGGCCGACACCGGGAAGAUGUAUGCCAUGAAGUGUUUGGACAAGAAGAGGAUCAAGAUGAAGCAGGGGGAGACUCUGGCGCUCAACGAGAGGAUCAUGCUGUCAUUAGUCAGCACGGGGGACUGCCCGUUCAUCGUGUGCAUGACGUACGCCUUCCACACCCCCGACAAGCUGUGCUUCAUCCUGGACCUGAUGAACGGAGGAGACCUGCACUACCACCUGUCUCAGCACGGUGUGUUCAGCGAGAAAGAGAUGCGCUUCUACGCCGCUGAGAUCAUCCUGGGUCUGGAGCACAUGCACAACCGCUUCGUCGUCUACAGAGACCUCAAGCCAGCUAAUAUCCUGUUGGAUGAACACGGCCAUGUUCGUAUCUCCGACCUCGGCCUGGCCUGCGACUUCUCCAAGAAGAAACCCCAUGCUAGUGUAGGCACUCAUGGCUACAUGGCUCCGGAGGUCCUGCAGAAGGGCACGGCGUACGACAGCAGCGCGGACUGGUUCUCUUUAGGAUGCAUGCUCUUCAAACUGCUGCGAGGGCACAGUCCCUUCAGACAGCACAAGACCAAAGACAAACAUGAGAUCGACCGCAUGACGCUCACCAUGAAUGUGGAGCUGCCCGACUCGUUCACCGCCGAGCUGAAGGAUCUGUUGGAGGGUCUCCUGCAGAGAGACGUCGCCAAGAGGCUGGGCUGCCAGGGCCAGGGAGCCCCGGAGGUGAAGGAGCAUCAGUUCUUCAAAGGCAUCGACUGGCAGCAGGUUUACCUCCAGAAGUACUCCCCUCCUCUCAUCCCUCCCCGGGGAGAAGUGAACGCUGCAGAUGCUUUUGACAUCGGCUCUUUUGAUGAAGAGGACACUAAAGGCAUCAAGCUGCUGGACAGUGACCAGGAACUCUACAAGAACUUCCCUCUGGUGAUCUCGGAGCGCUGGCAGCAGGAGGUGGCCGAGACGGUUUACGAGGCGGUGAACUCGGACACGGACAAGAACGAGGCUCGCAAGAGAGCCAAGAACAAGCAGCUGGGACACGAGGAGGACUACGCCUUCGGGAAGGACUGCAUCAUGCACGGCUACAUGCUGAAGCUGGGAAACCCCUUCCUCACUCAGUGGCAGCGCAGAUACUUCUACCUGUUCCCCAACAGGGUGGAGUGGAGGGGGGAGGGGGAGUCACGGCAAAACCUGCUGACGAUGGAGCAGAUCGUGACGGUGGAGGAGACGCAGAUUAAAGACAAGAAGUGCAUCCUGCUGCGCAUCAAGGGGGGGAAGCAGUUUGUGCUGCAGUGUGAGAGCGACCCUGAGUUUGUGCAGUGGAAGAAGGAGCUGACGGAGGCGUUCACAGAAGCUCAGAAACUUCUGCGUCGGGCCCCUAAAGUCAUCGGGAAGGGCCGGGCCGGAGUUGUGGAGCUCUCCAAACCCCCCCUCACACACCGCAACAGCAACGGCCUGUGAAUACACACACACACACACCGAUAUUAAAACGCUCACACAUUUACAGAAAUACACCUUUACACACAGACACACACACACACACACACACACUUCCUCCUCCCCCCUUUACUCAUCAUACAUCUGCUACAGGACAUCCUCGCAGUGUGUACGGACCACCUGCUCUCACACACACUCACUGACUUACAUAUAAACACACACACACACACACACACACACACUCGACCAAUCUUUUUUGUUUUCGUGGGACCUCGCCAGUCGGAGAGGAGGAAGCAUUCAGAGGCCUCAGCAUGUGAAGGACCUUAUGCAUGAAUGUGUCUCUCUUUAUCUCCCCCCUCCUCCUCCACGCCUGCCCCAGAUGUACAUGAAGGGGGAGGAAUCCUCUCCAUUAGGAUCAGCUGAGUGAUCACCCCCCCUCCCUCCUUCCCUCCUCUCUGUUUGGAGGCCGUGCAGAAUGUAUCACAACGAGAGGAUUAAAAAAAAGAAGCUUCUCCUCCCCCCUUUCCUCCCCCCCUUCGCUCCGUUACUGAAGUGCAUAAAGUGCCAACAUCAACAUUUACUUGAGUCACCUGAGCACCCUGGAUGGAGGACUCCCCCCUCCCUCCCCCUGUACCUCCCCCCCUGCAGAGAGGCGGAGCUUCAUUCCAGUCCAGGAAACAGGAAGUACUUUUAAAAAAAAGAUUGGCUCUUUUUUUUGUACAGCCCGUUCCCAUAGAGACUGCGAUCCCAUUGGCUGACAGAUGGGUUGCUAUGGGAAACUGGGAAGGAAAACUGCAGCAGGACAGUGUACAUAAAGAAGAAGAAGAAGAAGAAGCCCUUCCUCUCUCUGUGUGUUUUAGUGUUUGCAUUACUCUCUGUCUCUGGGGCUGGGGGGGGGGGGGUCCUGACUUUAAGGGGG